AUGGAUUUACCUGGGCCAAUACAUGAUUUUCUUUUAGUAUUUCUGGGAUCAGGUCUUAUAUUAGGGGGCCUAGGAGUAGUAUUACUUACCAAUCCAAUUUAUUCUGCCUUUUCAUUAGGAUUGGUUCUUGUUUGUAUAUCCUUAUUCUAUAUACCAUCGAACUCUCAUUUUGUAGCUGCUGCCCAGCUUCUUAUUUACGUGGGAGCCAUAAAUGUCUUAAUCAUAUUUGCUGUGAUGUUCAUGAAUGGUUCAGAAUAUUACAAUGAUUUCCAUCUUUGGACCAUUGGAGAUGGAGUCACUUCAUUGGUUUGUACAAGUAUUUUUUUUUCACUAAUUACUACUAUCCUAGAUACGUCAUGGUAUGGGAUUAUUUGGACUACAAGAUCAAACCAGAUUAUAGAACAGGAUUUGAUAAGUAAUGGUCAACAAAUUGGAAUUCAUUUAUCAACAGAUUUUUUUCUUCCAUUUGAACUCAUUUCUAUAAUUCUUUUAGUUGCCUUGAUAGGUGCAAUUGCUAUGGCUCGUCAGUAA